AUGGUUGACAUUGUGCUAUUGUUGUUGUUGUUGUUGCUGUUGGUUGGUGGCGAGUUGCGUGUCGGUGAGGAAAAUGGCGAGGACAAUGCUGGCGAGAUGUUCAGUGGCGAGGUGGAAGUCGAUGAGUUGGCACUGGGUGCGUUGCUCAAUUUGUUGUUGUUGUUGUUGUUGUUUCCAAAGGCACCCUGGGCAAACAUGUUGGAUGCUGAUGGCAGGAGCAAUGAGGACGCCUUUGGCAAACCUUGGAAGGCCGACGAGGGUCCGUUGUCAUCGUCGCUGCUGGCAUCACUGAUGUUGGGCGCGGCAGAGUUGAGUCUGUAUGAUGGCAGGAUGGACUCGCCAUAG